UUUACUUUAUAUCGAUAUCGAUAACAUUCACAAUAGUCUCCGCUAAAGGCUUCAUUUGCUUGCGGUGCACUUAAUAACAAACACGUGUGGCUAAUGUUUGAAACUUGAAUCCAUCCAUUCGUCGUUUGACCCUCUCACAAAGCUGUAUUGUAUUUUGCUUUGGUUGUGUACGCGUAGAUACACUUAAGUGUUAAAGUUAAGAUUUAAUUAUUGUUAAUAGUGGUCGUGAUUCGAUAUGGGUGCGGACAGCUCGAAGGAAGAAAACAAAUCCAAAUUACAAGACGAAAGACAACAGCGCAACCAGUAUGUCACGCAACAGAGACGACAGGAAUCGGUACAGACUUCCAGUGGGACGUAUCAGUCGCCUGUACAAAGACAAAUAGGCUCUACAGAGAGAUCCCGAACAACUUACAGUUACACAACAGAAAACUUACAAAGUGUAAUAAAACAAACAAGCCAACCACAUGUUCUGGAAAGAUCACGCAACCCAUACAACUACAACUCUGAGGACUUGCAUGGAAUCAAGCAAACUCCCAAUUUGUACCCAAACCUUAACGUGAGCCGAGGCGAAGACAGCUUUGUUUACGUGAAUAACUAUGGACAACCAAGUCAUAAUGCUCCCGGAACCUCGCAGUCGGUAAAUGCUUGUACCAACAAAAAGGAAGCACUAUCAGAUGCGAAACGUAAUGCACCAGACCCUUGGAAGUCAAAGCCUUCUGCCAAUAAGAAUGGACCGAAAUCAGACGGCAGGGGUCGAGACAACGACAUCAGUUGCCCGACUUGUGGCCAGCGCUAUGGGCUCAGCAUCUACCAGUGCAGCAACGGACACGGCUCCUGCCAGGACUGCCGCUUGGCUCAGAGGUCGUGCGGCAAAUGUCUGUCGCCCAUCACAGCUAUGAGGAACAUCGCGAUGGAAACCGUUAUAGCAGACUUGAAUACUACUUGUCAGAACGAAGGCUGCACGCUACGCUUUAAGUUCGAUGGGAUGCAGCGUCACCUCAAGGAGUGCCCGUUUGGCGAGAUGGACUGUCCAAUGGGCGCAGUCUUUGGACAAUGCUCAACUCGAUGCAAAGUAUCUGACAUGGCUGCACAUUUUGACAUGUGCCACAAGGAGCAACGCGCCGCAGAAAUAGACAAGGAGAUGUACGUGUUCAACAUAUGUAUGGAUACCCAUAAAUUGUUUCUUAUAAAGAAUGGUCCAUACAACUUCUUAGUUCACGUUAAAGUAGACGAGAAAGAACGUAAAAUUUCCAUGACUGUUCAGUUACUAGGCACGAAAAUAAGUGCCGACAAAUGGACGUAUGAGUUCCACGUAUAUAACAAAAGACAACCGUUAAGGAAAUAUCUCUACGUUGACAGCUGUCAGUCAAUCGGUACUCCUGUUACGGAUAUUUUCAAAGAGAGCCAGUGUGCUACUCUGCCUCUUAGUUACGCCAUGACUUUCGUCAAUGAAAGCGCUUUGACGUACAAGUUUUAUAUAAAGAAGGUAAUGAACCAGCGGGGACGUAGGAGAGGUCCCAGGAAUAACGAUGCCAAUUAAACAAAUAUUUAGGGUUGGAAUAGACUACAUGCCAGCUGCAGUUGCCCUGUUUCGGCCCUGGCAAGUUAAUCUUUGUACUAAGUAUGGUUUUAGUAACUUAAGUUCAUGUCGAUUUGACUUAAUUCUUGGAGUUGAAUGUUGAGCCAUACAAGCUCUGAGUAAUGAAGUCGUAUAUCACACCAAAUGGAGUUAGGUUCAGUUUUGUUCUUAUGUACCUACAAAUUUAUUAUUUGAUAUGACUAUGAUUGAAAUGUACAAUUAGAUACUUAUUUUUCUCUAACUUUACGAUUUCUUUGUCAUUUCGUAGGUAUGUCCUUAACAUUGUAUCUUAAGGAAAGCAAAUGAAAAAAAGAUUAAAUAUUAUGUAAUAGAGAUUAGGAGCAUUUUCCACAAUGAUUGGUCAUUCCUCAAAUUUUCUCCACGUUUUUUCAAUAAUCUAUUUUAAAAAACGACUUUGUAAUUUUAAUUUAUUAUUGUUUACAUAUUCCAUUCGCUUUAACUCUAUACAAGUUUUAUUUGUGUGAAUUAUCUUAAUGGUUGUUUAAUGUUAGCUAAGUAAGCACGUCGAAGUGUAGUUAUGAUACCGACGUAAUUAUUCUAUUUAGCUCCUUAUUUGUAGUACCUAACCUAAGAUAACUAUGAAACUAAUUACAUACAUAGUUUCUACAUUGUUAUGAACCUUGAACUAACCUAAUUAUGUAUUACCGGAUGAGAUAAAGCGUAACGACUAGAAGAAAGGAUUCUAAUGUAGAUCUAAUAACGCAUCUAUAUAGGUAUAUUGCGAGGUGGGAAAACUAAAGGCGAUAGCAACGCAAAGCGUGGCAAAAAUGUGAACUUCUGUAAUAUUUGACAAAAUAUCAGUUGUCAAAUACCUUAUUAAUAUGGCACUUAGCCGCCAGAGUCGCUAUGCCUUUUUUAUACGGCUUUGGCCAAGGAGGAGUUGUAGGUGGUCGGAUUUUUGUAGUCCUCCUCCAUUUUUUGUGGCGCUUUAAUUCAUGGUUGUCACCUACUUAGAAUGGGUUUACGGAAUAUUCUCCUAAACUGACGACAUCUGUGAAAAUUAUAUUGAAAUAGAUAGAUAGAAUACUAUUUAUUGGCACACUUCAAUAGAAGAUACAGCUUAAAGAAAAACGAUUGAUCAUAGAGGCAAAUUAUUAAUAAGAUAUUAUUGUUACAUGAGGGAUUCAAGGAUAAUAAUAAUAAUAAUAAUAAUAGCGGUGUUGCUCCUGGUCGUCUUCACGACGGCAUUUUCAGGGGCCCAUCUAGUGGGCGGCGAGUCACCGCCUGCCUCGAUAACUAGUGAAAACAUUGUUAUGGCAGGUGUCCGGACGUCUUUGCAAUAACCCAGUCUCAUUGUCCUCCCAAACUUCAAUCCAUAGACCGUUAUACUGUUCACUUUACUACAAUAGUCCCAAUGCCUGUUGCGACCGGUUCAUUGGUGUCUAUUGUUGCGCCCGUGAACGGGUUCCAGCAGGCGUUCUACAUGACAUUAAAGCUCUCCAAGAGGCCUCUACGUGUUGGAUCUAUAUCCCCAUGCAAGCCUAUCAAAAGACCGGGAUUUAUAGGCCCGUGAAAUCCAAGGAGAUACAAUAUAAUAAUAAUAUUCUUUAUUGUGCACAACGAAAACAUGAUUAAAUACAGUAAUUAACAUAAAAAACUAAGCAACAACAGGCGGUCUUAUCGCUAAAAAGCGAUCUCUUCCAGACAACCUUCAGGUAGUAGAAAUUACUGUAAGGAAGAAAUAUGUAUAAGGGUAGCAAAUAUAAAUGGAGAACCAGAACAGAGGAAAAAAAUAAAACAGCACAAAUAUAUGUAUAACAUAUAAAUAUAUACAUAAAUAUGAUAUAUAUAUAUAUAUAAACAUAUACAUACAUAUUUCACACAACACAGAAUCAAAGAGACUGAAUCGAAUGAUUAACGAGUUUGAGGAAGGGACAGAUAGUGUAUUUUGAGUUGAGCCUUAAAAAUGGGGAGCGAUUUAGCAUGUCUUAUCUCAGACGGCAGGGCAUUCCAUAACCGAAUCGCUUUGAAGGUAAAAGAAUCGUUAUAGAAUUUUGAAGAAGAAGAAAUUUGGGCAAGCAUAUAAUUUUGGGAGCAUCUCAAAGAAGAGAGGUAUUUGAAGCGCUCCUUCAAGUAGAGUGGGGUAGAGGGGUUGAAUAAAAUACCGUACAGGUGAGCAAGAAUAUGCGAAUUGCGUCGCAAACGUAUGGGAAGCCACUUGAGCUGCGAACGGUAAUAGGAGACAUGAUCAUAUUUUCGCAAGCCAUAAAUGAACCGGAUGCAUAGAUUUUGAAGACGUUCGAGUUUAUUUAGUUGUUCUUCAGUAAGAUCGGGAUAACUGAUAUCCGCAUAAUCUAAAAUGGGGAGAAGCAGAGCAUGAGCAAGCGCAGCUUUGGUAGCGAGCGGUAAAAAGUUACGAAGCCGCCGUAGCGAUCCUAUUGCAGCAAACAUUUUCCUACUAACCUCAUUGAUCUGAGGAACCCAAGAUAGAGUACGGUCCAUAAUGAUGCCUAAAUUUUUAACUUGAAAAGAAUAAGGGAUCUGUGUGCCGUUAAAUAAAAUCGUAGGUAAGUUGGAAAAAUCUAUUCGGGAGAUUAAUUUUGAACUACCUAUAAUGAUUGUUUGCGAUUUAGACGGAUUGACAAUGAGACCAUGGCGAUGACUCCAGUCUAAAAUAUUUUCCAAAUCAUUAUUUGUAGUAUUAAUAACGGAUGGUAGAUCAUCAAGCACACCCUGAGAAUAAAUUUGUAAAUCAUCAGCAUACAAGUGAUAAGAAGAGACAAUGUUACUAGUGAUUGAAUUAAUAAAAACCGAGAAGAGAAGUGGUGAUAGAACGCCACCCUGCGGAACGCCGGCAAGAGUGUUGCACCAAGGAUAGAUAUAUAUAAGUACCUAUAUUCAUUAUUAUGGUAUCUACCGCAUAAUGGUGAUAUUUUUUGAAGUCAGACACGAACAUUUUAGUUAGGCAGUAGCCUAGUUCACCGGUGGAUUGGUAAUAUAGUCCUACAUGAACAGACAUGGAGUUAAGACAAAAACUUAUGUUGUUUCCAGCGUGGUUUUUCUCUAGAUUUUUAGUGUAUAAAUUGUACUUGUUAGUGUUCUUAUUAAUUUGGCACUUAGGUAAGAUUCAGAUAUCGUGCAUUUCGGUCGUACUUGCCCGUACUUGUAAUGACGUAGGCGAGACGCCAGACUCACUGCACAAUAACUAAAUGACAACAUUCAAAUAGGUAUCAUUCGAUGUCAUUAUACGAUCGAAUUGGCCUGUAAGUACAUGUAUCAGUGCGUAACUAAUGAUUUAUAUAAUUUAUUAUGUCUUAUAAUUUUAGAAUUAUAUCCUCUUAACGAUAUUAGACUAAAAUCAUUUAUUCCACAAAAUGUUAAUUUGAUGGAUUACCACAACAUACUUAGUCAAUAUUAUUUACUCUAAUAUAUUUUGAGAAACGGUUUCGAAAUUUACGAUAGUAUUUAAGACUAAUUGGCCGGUAUUAAUAGCAUGGUCCAUAUGAUUUGACAGUUCCUGAACUAAUAAUAUAUGGAAGUUAGAGCAAGGAACAAAAUCCCUAUAUGCCAAAAAGUAAACAUAAAAGUGUCCGACAAAAAACUAUAAAUAGGUGGCGCUACAAUACCUCGAAUACUUGAGAAAAAAAUCUAAUCAUAGACAGCGCACUUCACUGUCUUCGUCAAUAACGCCUAGGUUCUUAGCUACUCUAGCGCUACUCAGGAGAGAUUCGGAACUAUUGCAACAAUUAUGCCUAAGGAGUUUGUGUUCCUUGCCUCUACCUUCCAUAUAAUAAUACCUUUCGGAAAACACGCCCCUGAAACGGAUACUAAGUACAUAUUCAUAACUUUUAAAGGCCUGCUUUAAUCAGUGGGCCUGAUUAACAAUCCGCCGGACGGUAUCGGCCUGUCAGUUAGAACAAAAAGUUGACAAUUCCGAACAACUGACAGGCCGAUACCGUCCGGCGGACUGUUAAUCAGUGGGCCCCUUUAAGUUGCUACUUACUUACCUAGUUGUUUUGUUGUAUGAAUGAUAAGUAACUCUGAGAAGUGUUUAAAUUUAAUCAUUAAUAUUAUAUUGUUUUAAUCCAAUUUAUUUUAUUCUAAUAAACGUAUUGUAUGCUGCAUUUUCA